CAGAAGCUGAAUUUAUAUCAGCCUGAGAACUUCUCAAAAUGUUGGGAGCAUCUCUCAUUGUCCUUCUGGGGAUCUGGUGCACAGGAUCCAGUUCCCAGCCUACAGUGAUUCAGGAAUCCUCCAUGUCACCUGCCCCAGGACAGACGGUCAAACUCUCUUGUUCCCUGAGCAGUGGAUCAGUAACAACUUAUUACCAAUCCUGGUAUCAACAAAAAGAAGGAGGUUCUCCAAUAUUCCUGUAUCGUUACUAUAGCAGUGCAACUGCAGGCACUGGAGACCUCAGCCGCUUCUCAGCCUCCAAGGAAAGCAGCCAAAAUAAAUGGUAUUUGACCAUCAGGGACAUCCAGCCAGGAGACGAGGCUAAUUAUUACUGUGCUGUGUGGUAUAGUGCUAGUAAUGUGUGGGUGUUCGGAGGAGGAACCCAGCUAAUCGUCACAGGUCAGGAUCCAGUAUCUCCUUCGGUGCAGGUCUUUGCUCCUUCUGAGCAAGAGAUCAAAACCCAGAAGAAGGCCACUCUGGUAUGUCUCCUAAGUGGCUUUCACCCACCUGCUUUCACCCUGAAAUGGAAGGUUGAUGGUACAGAGACCACCUCUGGAGUGGAGACAACCAAAGCCACCAAGCAGGGUGACAAAUACCUUGCCAGCAGUUACCUGACCAGGAGUGAUUCCGACUAUGGAGACCAUACGUACGUCUGUGAAGUGAUACAUAAUGGAAAUACCUUUACAAAGGCUCUUACGGGAUCUGGAAGUUAUUCUACUGUCAGCACCUGUGCAUCACUGUGGUAUAUCUUCGGAGAAGGAACCCAGCUAAUUGUCACAGGUCAGACCAACGUAUCGCCUUCGGUGCAAGUGUUUGCUCCUUCCCAGGAAGAGGUCAGAAAUCCGAACCCAUAUACAUUCGUGUGUCUCCUAACCGAAUUUUACCCUCCUGCAUUCGAAUUGCAAUGGAAGGUCGAUGGUAAAGUGAUAACCUCUGAAGUGGAGACCACCAAAGCCAGCAAACAAGAUGGGAAAUAUCUUGCCAGCAGUUACAUGAAAAUGACUGAGGCUGAGUAUCGAGACCAUAAGGCUGUCACCUGUGAAGUGACACAUGACAGUAAGACCAUUGCAAAGUCUGUGUCGAAAUCUGGAAGUUGUUAACUCUAACAUGAAUUCCUUUCCUGCCAUCAGGAAGGAGAAACGAGUCCCUUCUCCUGGGCUCUCGUUCAUUUUUUCCUAAACUUAGUUUGAUCAAUAAUAUCUCUUUUUAACCCAUGUAGUUACACCCUUUGUAGCCCCUCCAUGCCUUCGCCCUUGAAAUCGAUCCCCCCCACCUUUUGAUUCUAGUAUUAGAUUCUACUGUCAGCAUAUUAAUAAAGAUGGAUGUAUUUCA